GGAGGAGGAGGAGGAGGUCGAUGACGACGAUGAAAAUGUUGAUGAUUUGCUCGGAACUGAUAUAGGAAAUAGCUUUACAAGGAAAACACAAAAACAUGUUGCUUGCGGCUAUGCGUUUAUUAUUUUAGACGAAUCAGGUGAAAUAUUCUACGGCCCACGCGUUUAUAGAGCUACAAGUGUUGGCGAGAAAAUUAUUGAGCAAUUUCUUGAUGAGAUCAUUGCCAUAGGUCGAAACUGUUCCUUUGAUAUGCAACAAGAAGUGCCCAUGAUUGAAUUAAAUGAAGAACAAUUAUUAGCUUUUAACAAUAGUACAGUAUGUUUUUUGUGCAACGAUGAAUUUAAAGCCAACGAAAUUCGUUUUAGGCACCAUUCUCAUACAACAGGAAAUUUUCUCGGUGCAACGCACAAGUCAUGUAAUUUAAAUGCAAAAGCACCAAAACUAUUAAACUGUUUUUUUCAUAAUUUUCGCGGAUAUGAUAGUCAUUUCAUUGUUAAGGCAUUAGCAGGACGAAAGGAGAAAAUUGAUUGUAUUGCAAACUCAUCGGAAAAAUUCCUCACAAUUACAAUAGAUCGAGUACGUUUCCUUGACAGCUAUCAAUUCUUAAGCUCAAGUCUACAGUCACUUGUUGCCAAUCUUGCAAGUGAUACAGAAAACAUUGAUACUAAUUUCAAAGUAAUGUGUAAAAUAUUCAACGAUAAAAAUCAUCAAAAACUUUUACUACGUAAAGGCGUGUACCCGUAUCAGUACAUAACAGAUGCUGAAAAAUUUGAAGAACAGCAAUUGCCAGCAAUUGACUCAUUUUACAGUACACUUAGUAAUACAGCAUUGCAAGUAGACGAUUACGAGCAUGCACAGAAAGUUUGGCGCGAAUUUAACAUAAACUCAUUGGGUGAAUAUCAUGAUCUUUACCUUUUGUCAGAUUGCUUACUGCUGGCAGAUAUUUUUCAAAAUUUUAGGACUGUAUUUUUUGCAAUUUACAAACUGGAUGUAUCACACUUUGUAUCGUUACCACAUUUUUCGUUGAAUGCAAUGUUAUAUUUGACUAAAGUACGUUUAGAAUUAAUUAGCAAUGCUGAUAUGAACUUGCUCAUAGAAUCUGGUUUACGCGGUGGUCUGUCAGUUAUUCCCCACCGUCAUGCAGUCGCAAACAAUAAAUAUAUGGGCGCAAAUUAUAACCCAGCUAUUGAAAAUAGUUUUUUGCUCUAUCUUGAUUGUACAAGCUUAUACGCACAUACAAUGAUUGCCUACAAGCUACCUGAAUCAAAUUUCAGAUUUUUAUCACAAGAUGAAAUUACAGCUUUAGGCGAUUUUACAAGCAUUCACGAUGAAGCCGAGACUGGCUAUAUAGUUGAAGCAGACCUGUCCUAUCCAGUUAAUUUACACGAAUUACAUAACAGCUUCCCCCUGGCACCAUUAAAAGAUCAGCCGCCUUACAACCUGUUCUCUUCAUAUCAAACAGACAACACUGUUGCUCUGCGCAGAGAAGCGGCCGCGCGCCGCCCGUCUCCCGACACCACCGCCGCGUCAUCACGUCUUUUAGCCACCCUUUAUAAUCUUGACUUCACGAAACUCGAUAAGGAUACGUGGAAAUGCAACUCUUGUUUGGGUGAAGACUCGUCUGAUUCCAGCCACAGUGAUUCGCCGUUAUCACAAUCUAAAGACGCAAUCCUUGCGUCCAUAGCCAGUAUGCGGACAAACAUGGAAAAGCAGAUAGGUGGAGUGGCCACUAAUGUAACUGACAUUAAGAAUGAACUAGUAGGUGUCAAUAGCGCUAUCACCAAAAUGCAGGACACUCUCGCACUGCUUGCAUCUGAUAAUGAAUCACAUAAGUCGGAGUUUUUGAAAAUUAGGGAAGAAAAUGACAAGCUGAAAAAGACUGUUCAUCUUCUUGAUGACAAAAUCAAAGAUAUGGAACAGUUUAGCAGAAAAGACAACAUAGAAAUUACAGGUGUUCCGUACAACCGAGGUGAAGAUUUAUAUGGUUUGUUGGACAGAAUCGCUGCCGUUAUUGAUGUCAACUACAACAUAAACUUUAUUUCAACCGUGCACCGCUUAGGCGUGACUAACGAACGUCCCAAUCCACCUAUAAUUGUCAAGUUCAUAUCUAGAGACUACAAGUCUUCGUGGAUAGGAGCUGCACGGGCCAAUCGCAAGAAACUGACAGCUGCUUCGCUAUCCAUCAACUGGCCCCCAACCUCUGUGUACGUCAACGAGCAUCUUUCCCCAACCAACAAAUUCAUCCUGGGAAACGCGAAACGUCUCGUCCGCGAGAAAAAACUUGCAGCUGCAUGGACAAGGGAUUGCAGAAUAUACGUCAAGAAGUCUGCAGAGUCCGGAGCACCAAUCACGCUGAUCAAAACUAUUCAGCAGAUGGAGAACUUCACGACAGAUGCGUCGGUCAACGUCAGCGUCGACGCCUCGGGCUGA